AUGGAGGAGAGAUUGAGAGGGAUGGAAAGGAAAUUGGAGAUAAAGGAGAGGGAGGAAAGAAGAAAGAAUAUAGUAAUAAAAGGUUUAGAGGUGAAGGAGGAGAAGAGAAGAGAGGCAGUGGAGGAGUUAAUGAAGAGAAUGGGGGUAGAAGUGGAGAUAAGGGAGGUCAAAAAAAUGAGGGAGGAACGGGAAAAAGGGGAAGAGACAGUACUGGUAAGAUUGGGAAAGGAAGAACAAAGAAAGGAGAUCAUGAAGAGUAAAAAGAAAUUGAAGGGAAGAAAAGAAAGGGUUAUGGAAGACUUGACGUGGAGGGAAAGGAAAAUGAGAUGGAAUUUGGAGGAAAUUGCGAGAAAGGAGGGGAGAAAAGGGAAAAAAGUGUGGAUAGGAUACGGGAGGAUACAGAUAGAGGAGCAGUGGUGGAAAUGGGACGAAGAGGAGGAAGUGCUUAGGGAUGGAAAAGGAAGAAUGAGAGUAGUGGAUCAGGGGGAAGGCAAACGGGGAGGAGAGAGGGGCAUAGAGUAG